AUGACUUCUGUAUCGUUUGGCAACGAAAAUCUGGGUCUGCAGGUGGGGGUCAAUGAAGGAACUAUUUAUAUGAAUCCAGAGCGAUCGGAAACUCCACCAGCCCCUCUAUCAACUAUCCCGUUUCGUCGCGACCCAGACUUUGUUGACUGUGGCACGCCGCUUGAUCUAAUGAAUGAGAAAGCAUCUGUGUCGGGGGCUCCGAUAGCGCUUGUUGGUCUCGGUGGCGUUGGAAAAUCACAACUUGCUAUCGAAUACUGUUAUCGAAUUCGAGAUCGAUCGCUUGAGACAUGGAUUUUUUGGGUUCACGCUGGUAACCCAGCCCGUUUUGAGCAGAGUUGUCGAGACAUUGCCGACCGACUUAAAAUACCCAACCGCCAGAAUCCCAAGGAGAAUAUCUUCAGACUUCUAAACAAUUGGCUACAGAAUGAGAAAAACGGAAAAUGGGUACUAGUCCUUGAUAAUCUCGAUCAUCACCUCUUUCAUGAAGUCUCAACCAAAGAGCGUGACGGCCUAGGCAGUGAUAUAGGUGGGACGCCAGAACGUUCAAUCUGGGAAAUCUUUCAUCCGAGUUUGAAUGGCUUAAUCGUCAUAACAAGUCGGAGUAGACGUAUAGCACUAAGUAUGGUGGAAGAUAGCGAUAUUAUUCUAGUUGAGCCGAUGGACGAAAGCCAUGCAACAAAGCUCUUCGAGAAGAAGCUUGGAUCGAAAGCUGUCGGGGAGGAAGUCAUUCAGCUAGCCACGGCAUUGGAAUUUAUGCCUCUUGCGAUUGUGCAAGCGGCAGCCUACAUCAAGCAACGGUCACCACGCUUACCGUCAGCAGCAGACCUGUUAUCUUUUAUGAGUUUCUUCGAUAGACAAGGAAUUCCUGAUGGUCUGCUUCGGGGAGACGAAUGGACGAAAGACAUCAUUUCGAAUUUGUACACACAGGAUCUAGAUGAGAAAGUUGAUGCGAUGGACCAGGAGGAGAGAGCAAGUGAAUCCAGUUAUGUUAGUAUGUUUGAAGACGAUAUAUUGAUGUUGAGAGAUUACUCGAUGAUAUCCGUUGUCGCAGAUGGAGAGGAAUUUGAGAUGCAUCGACUGGUCCAACUAGCCAUCCAAGAGUGGCUCAAGGCAAAUAAACAACUUGAGAGGUGGAAAAAGCGCUUCAUCAAAACUCUUUACCAAACCUUUCCGGCGGGAAAAUACGAAAACUGGGCAAGAUGCCAAUCACUAUUUGCUCACGUACAGUGCGCUAUCUUUCAGAAACCAGAUACAGAUGCCUCAUUGACUGAAUGGGCUUUACUACUCCACGACGCGGCAUCGUUUGCAUGGACUCGAGGGGAUUUCAUUAAUUGCAAGACAAUGGCAGAGAAAGCAUGUCAAACAUUCAAAAAGCUAUUCGGCCCAGAGGAUGAGAAGACGCUUGCUAGUGCGCAGACACUUGGACUGGCAUAUUACCUUAGUGGAGAAUUGAAAAGGUCAGAGGACCUGCUGAUGCAGGUUUUCAUGAUCAGCAACCAAGUGCUCGGACCAGAGCAUCUCAACACUAUACUUAGCAUGGGCAAUCUGGCAUCGAACUACCACUUUCAGAACCGGUUAAAGGAAGCUGAAGACCUCGAAGCGAAAGUAAUCGAGAUAAGUAGGGUGGUGCUCGGGCCAGAGCAUUCCCAUACUUUGACUAUCAUGAACAACCUUGCGUCGACCUACCGUGAUCAAGGACGAUGGAAGGAAGCCGAGGAGCUAGGCAUGCAGGUGAUAGAGAUCCGUAAGCGGGUCUCAGGGCCAGAGCAUCCCGAUACUUUGACUAGUAUACUCAACCUAGCAUCGACAUACCGGGACCAAGGGCGAUGGAAGGAAGCUGAAGAGCUAGAUGUGCAAUUAGCAGAGACGUAUAAAAGGGUUCUUGGAUCAGAGCACCCUGACACUCUGCUUAGCAUGGGUAAUCUAGCAUCGACCUACCACUCCCAGGGACGGUUAAAGGAAGCUGAAGAGCUAGGGGUGCAGGUAUUAGAGACCCGUAAGCGGGUCUUGGGGCCAGAGCAUCCUGGUACUUUGACAGGAAUGAACAACCUUGCGUUGACCUACCGUGAUCAAGGACGAUGGAAGAAAGCCGAGGAGCUAGGCAUACAGGUGAUAGAGAUCCGUGAGCGGGUCUCAGGGCCAGAGCAUCCUGGUGCUUUGAUAGGCAUGAACAACCUUGCGUCGACUUACCGUGAUCAAGGACGAUGGAAGGAAGCCGAGGAGCUAGGCAUGCAGGUGAUAGAGAUCCGUAAGCGGGUCUCAGGGCCAGAGCAUCCCGAUACUUUGACUAGUAUACUCAACCUAGCAUCGACAUACCGGGACCAAGGGCGAUGGAAGGAAGCUGAAGAGCUAGAUGUGCAAUUAGCAGAGACGUAUAAAAGGGUCCUUGGAUCAGAGCACCCUAGCACUCUGCUUAGCAUGGUUGAUCUAGCAUCGACCUACCACUCCCAGGGACGGUUAAAGGAAGCUGAAGAGCUAGGGGUGCAGGUAUUAGAGACCCGUAAGCGGGUCUUGGGGCCAGAGCAUCCCGAUACUUUGACAUGCUCUAACAUUCUUGCGUCCAUCUAUCGUGAUCAAGGACGAUGGGAGGAAGCCGAAGAGCUAGGCACGCAGGUGUUAGAGACCCACAAGCGGAUCUUGGGGCCAGAGCAUCUCGACACUUUGACUAGCAUGGCCAACCUAGUAUCGAUCUACUGGAAGCAGAGUCGACGGAAUGAAGCCAACGAGCUAAGCAUGCAGUUAGGCUUGCAGGUGAUGAACACAGGCAGGCAGAUGGUCAGGCUAGGCCACCCUCGCACUCUGAUCCGCAUAAACAAGCUUGCCCAUGUUUUGAAAUCAUCGGGUCAAGACGCAGUCGCUUUGCUGAUGAUGGCCGAAUGUGUUUUACUCUUCACCAUGCAUUUCGGUCUUGAAAACCCACGCACCAUGUCUUUAAUGUCAACUCUGACCGAGUGGGGUGGUAGAGAUGACUCUCUGUCCGCCCAAUCCACUCAUGGAAGAACAGGAGGAACGGAUCCAAACCAAUCACACGAAAACUUCCACACGACCUGUUCGAACUGCACCAUGAUCUAA